CAGGCUCGGCCUCAGCUGCGGGCAGAUGGUGAUCACGAUGGCGCGCUCGCAGGGCCGCCGCCUGGAGUACUGCGUGCUCCUGGAGGAAGACAGGAGCAGCCAGGACGGCCGACGCUUCAAGCCGCCCUCGGUGUGCGGCCUGGAGGCGCGCCAGAAGCGGAGCCCUGCCAACCUGACCCGCUGCGGCUCCAGCCGGGAGCUGAGGAGAGGGAAACGGGUGGAGGUCAUGUUCAGUGACCUGCCCCCGGGCCAGAGGUACAUUGUUCGCGCCAUGGUACGGCCCGAGGGCGGCCGGUUCCUCCCCUACAAGCUCAGACAGGUGAAGGUACCCGCCUGUCGGGACCAAUCACAGCUAUCCAACGAGCUGACGGAGACGAAUGCGCUGCGGCCGGGACCGGUCCCAGAGCAGCUGUACGGGGACACGGCCGCGUCCGCCGACGAGCAGGCCGAGGAGGCCGACAACAGGCUGACGGACCAGCCCUGACCCGAGCUCGUGACGCCCACGGACCCGGACCAGCCGUCACGGACCAGCGGCGACCUGAAGCUGUGGAGCCCCGCGGCGCUGAGCCACCUCCAGCGCGCUGCUGACCCCCGCGGUGCGCAUGCGCGGUGACCCGGGACAAUCCGUCACGAUCGCGCGUAGGCCGCGUCGCUGAUCGCCGUCACGAGCGGUCUCGACGCCGCCGCGACAGCUUGUGUGAGCGGCGCGUGAGCCGUGUGUAUGCGCCGAGGGGAGGGGAAGUGUGUGGGGAGGGGGCGGAUGGCGGCUCUCGAGGCCUGUCUGCACGUGCCAGACUCCCGGGGUGGAGCCGGCGGGAUGACUCCGACCGGCCGACGCGCCACUACGGCAGCGGGAGGCGCCGGUUCACGCCGAGCCGGCUGACGUCAGUGCCAACAAUCGCGAGCGUUCUGAAGAGCAUUGAACAACUAACAGCUCUGCGGCAGCAUCAGCGUCAGGAGCAGAAGCAGGGGACCUGGCCGACCAGCCGCCGGUCCCGUGGUCUCGCGCGCACCGAGGGCCGCGGCAAGGCAGGACAUCUGGCUCAUCACCGAUCAUUAAUUACGACGAUCAGUUGUCUGGUCUGUGCGAAGGCGGAUGUCAUUUGUUUGGUAAAAAAAGCGUAACGGCUGGGUUGGUCAUCCUGAA